UGACGUCAUUUCAGUUUCUCGGUCUGUUGUUCGGCAUUUCCGCCGGUUUAAUGCGCUUUGUUCGCUGUCUGUUUUAACGAGGGCUGAUUUUAAUGUGACAGCGUCUUGGUGUAAUGUUUUUAGCUUUUUCUGCUUUACUGGUAUCGGGUUAACUGUUGGAUGCAAAUUCUGAAGAUGGCGGCGGUGCAAAGCAGCAGUCCGGUCGCAGACUCAUCCCAGGGAGGCACAGCCGCGGGCUCCGAUCGUCUCCGAGCGGAGGAUGGAUCCGAGUCUGAGAAACAGAGCCGUAUAAUGACACUGCUAGAAAGGCUCUACUGCAAACACAGCUCAUCCAGGUCCUGGCAGGAGACGAGCAAAGUGAUACGGCAGGCAAUGGAAAAGCGUGGAGUCGUUAAUGCAGGUGGACACCAACUAUUGCUUAACUGUUUAGAGACACUGCAAAGGGCAUUAAAAGACUGGAUUGCCACUAAUGCUAAUACUGUGGAGACCAUACUUCAUGGCAGUGUGGGUCUGUUGACGUCAAGGAGUGGUGUCCAUCUAGUAUCUCUGCAGUGUUAUGUUUCUCCAAAUGACAUCUAUGAGGAGGAAAAAGGAGCCCAUCUGAACACUGAUGUCAAUAUUCCCCAUACGUUAGGUGUGAGUGUGUCAGUGACUGUUGAAGGCACAACAUCAGUUUACAAGCUUCCCAUUGCUCCACUAAUAACAGGAUCUCAUCCAGUCGACAACAAAGGAACUCCAUCAUUUUCUUCCAUAACAAAUUCAAACUGUGUAGAUUUACCAGCGUGUUUCUUCCUGAAGAUGAACUGCUUGAUGCCAUUUUCUUUAUCAUACAUAAAAAAAAUGGGCAGUACUACAGGCAUUCCUGUUUUUGAAACUGCUCCCACCUUGUCCCCACUAUAUGAUCUCAUCAUUAAGAGUCAACUUCGUGAGGAGGGAGGUGCCAGCCCUCCUUCAGCUCAAUCAAUGCGUUUUUAUGCAUCUUUACCAGGACAGCAGCACUGUUAUUUCCUAAAUGGCGACGCUCCAGUACAAGAUGGAAGGUCUCUUCAAGGAGCUUUGGUUUCCAAGAUUCCCUUCAGACAUCCUGCUCAGGUGCCUGCUCUCCUUGACAUCAUAAGACAUCAGGCUGCUUACAACACCUUGAUUGGCAGUUGCGUUAAAAAGGCCUGCAUUAAGGAAGCAGAUACUCCAGGACUGCUGCAAUUUGAGGUGUGCCCACUAACAGACUCGAGCUUUAGUGUGUCCUUUCAACACCCUGUAAAUGAGUCACUUGUAUGUGUGGUGAUGGAGGUCAUUGAUUCGAUGCAGGUAGUCUGUAAGCUCUACAAGGGUUUAUCUGAUGCUUUGAUCUGCACUGAUGACUUCAUUACGAAAGUAGUCCAAAGAUGCAUGUCUAUUCCGGUGACUAUGCGUGCCAUACGACGCAAGGCAGAAACCAUUCAGGCAGACACACCAGCAUUGUCCCUUAUAGCUGAAACUGUGGAAAUUAUGGUGAAGAAGAACUUGCCCCCAACUGGCAGCCCAGGUUACAUGGGAAUGGGUACAGGGCCAGAUGGAAGUAACCCAAUGGGUCUCCCUUUAAAUAGUGGGAACAACAGUGUCGUGUGUGUAGGGGGGAAUGGAUCUUUCCAAGGUCCAAUCACCUCACUGUUCAACAUGGGACGUACUGGUCAAGGAAGCUCGUGUAUUGAUACCAUGGGACAGGUUGGAGGUCAGCAGCAAGCAAUGCAGCAACAACAUCAACAAUCUCAGAGCCAUGGGUCAGAUGACUUUAACAAAGUCACUCAGAAUCCAAUUCUAACUAGCCUUCUGCAAAUAACAGGCAGCGUUGGGACCAGUCCUACUCCCCAGCAACCUCAACCCCACCAGACCCCCCCAACAACCACCUCACCAGCAAGCAACACCAAAAACCACCCCAUGCUAAUGAACCUACUGAAGGAUAAUCCCUCACAGGAUUUUGCUGCAUUGUACAGCAGUAGCCCUCUAGAAAGACAGAACUCAUCUGGGUCUCCACGGACAGACAACCAAGGCCAGCCUUGCUCUGGGACCAAGGGCAAAAAGAAGCGUCUGAGGGGCUCUGAUAAAGGAGUAAUGGGACCGGCUGGAGGAAUGAGCAUGAAACCACAAUCUCAGCAGCAAGUGGUAGACAUGACACAACAGCAUCACCUCACAAGCCACUCUGAAGAUGAUUUCCACCGAGAGCUUUUUUCUAUGGAUGUAGAUGCCUCCCAAAACCCGAUUUUUGAUGUUAGUCUUCCAGGUGAUGGACUUGACACUCCACACAGUAUCACUCCAGCUCCAAGUCAGUGUGGAACACCACCUCCAGGACCCGGAAUGCAAUACCACCCACAGUGUCAUGUCCAGCCUCAGAUACAAGUCCAGUCACAAUCGCAAGGAUCUAUUCCUCGAAUGGUCCGCCUCUCCAGCUCUGACAGUAUUGGACCUGAUAUUAAUGACAUUCUGUCUGAUAUUCCUGAUCAAGCCAACAAAGGAAGCAAUAUUGGUCAUGGACAGCAUCUCAUGACUAGUGAAGAUGGAGGUUCCUUGGGAACCCCAGUCCGGGACUCUUCCAGCUCAGGUCAGGGUAGUACAGUGUUCGAGGCAGACCUGUUUAAUGCAAAUAGCAAUGAAAAUCCCUUUACUGAUGCAGCAGAUUUGAUUGCAGAAGCUGCUGCUGCAACAACACCCAAUAGUGAUACCUCCUCAACUAACUUCUUCCCAGACACAGACUUCAACCCAGAGCUUUUAUCUGGGCAGGGAAGUUUUUCACAGACCUACUUUGAAGACAGCUCUCCCAGCCCUGACCCAGAUCUUGAAUUGGUUAAAAGUUUCAGUGGAGGAAGUCAGCAGAACACUCCUACAGGCACACCUCAGAAUCCUGCCUCACAUGGCCAAAAUACUCCAGAGACUUCAUUAAAAGACCCUUUUGAAAUUGGUAUUUUUGGUGGGAAUGGUGGGGGAGGAAAACCAUUAAUGGCUCCAGCAUCUGAUAUUGCAGACUCGCACCAUGCUCAUACUGGUGGGGGCCAAAGUCCACUUAUGAUGGGAAUUGUUGUAGCAGGUAAUGAUUUUAAAAGUGUAGAUGCAAAGGCUAAGCAGCAGCAGAUGAGGACAAAGGAAGAUCAUGUUGGAAGCAGUUCUGGACAAGCAAUGGUUAGUGUAUGCUCAUCUGAAAUGAAGCAGGUAAAGCGCAGUCGUACUCCUUCAAGUGAGGGAAAAUCAAAAGACAAACCAGCUAAACGCAAGAAGCUGGAGCCAGAUGCCAAGUCACCUUCACACAGUGCAGGAGGUCGACCUUACACUCCACCUUGUGGGAGUGCCACUUCUGCAGGAUUAGUAAGUACAGGUGGAUCUAAGUCCCCUGGGAGUGUUAGUAGGUCUCAGACCCCACCAGGAGGUGCUACUCCACCAAUCCCUAAAAUCACUAUACAAAUACCCAGAGCUUUAACCGGAGGAAAAACAUCAUCUCAUGGAGGUUACACAUCUAGUAGCUCAACAAGUGGUGGUACUGGUAAUACAAUUGGCACAAGCAAUAGCAAAAGCCACCAUUCCUCUUCAUCAGGGAAGAUAAAAAGUAGUAAACUUGAAAGUUCUGUUGGGCAGGGCAAUAUUCCAAAACAAUCAAGUGCUGCUGGUACUGGAAGUGGUAUACCUUCUCAAUCUAAAGUGUCUUCCAUGGGCAUGGGCACAGGCAAGCCAUCUUCCUCUCCCAUUACGAAGCAUGGUUUGUCAAGCUCAGGAGGUGGUGGCAGCAGUGGAACAGGAAGUGGAAUUAAAAACAAACCUCAAGGUGGUAAGCCCCCUGGCUCACUCAUGAAUCCCAACAUCAAGCCGAACAUAUCACCCUCACACUCUCGUUCUGGAGGUUCUGACAAGCUGUCAUCUCCCAUGAAACAAGGCCAAGUACCUGGGACCCCACCGUCUUCUAAGGCCAAAUCUCCUAUUGGCUCAGGCAGUGGAGGAUCAGGGGGUAAUAAGUGCUCUUCAGCUGGUGGAAUUGGAUCAAAAUCAUUAAGCAGUAGUUCAUCCAACAGCACUUCUACAUCCUGUGCUUCCUCCACAGGCUCCUCGUCAUCUGGCUCCAUGUCCUUUUCUUCAAAUGGUCAGUCACAAUAUGGGAGCAGUGGUGGAAAUUGCAGUGGUGGAGGGGGUGGUGGUGGCUGUGGAAACAACCCUAAUGCAAAGGGCAAGUCCCCAAGCCGAAACAAAAAGCCAUCUCUUACAGCGGUCAUAGACAAACUCAAGAGUGUGGGAAGUGGGGGUAAUGGUGGAGAGGAAAGUGAAAGUGGUGGUGGUUCAAGUGGAGUUGGGCAGCAAAAUACUGUUCCUACAUCCUCAAAGCAUUCUAUGUCCUCCCAAGGAGGUGAGUUUCUGAGCAAACGAGACAAGAUAGACAAAGAUGGAAAAUCCAAGGUGUCUGGAUCAGGGGGCAGUUCAAGUGACAAAAAGAUGAUUGAUGCCAAAAGUAACACAAUGACUGGCACUGGUGUGGCAAAGAUUAUUAUCAGCAAGCCAGAAGGAGGCUCUCCAAGCAUUAAAUCUAAAGUAACACUUCAGAAACCUGGGGAAGGUUCUGGUGAUAGUGUCGUUCGUUCCCAACACUCAGGCCACAAAGCAUCACCUCUAUUUAGUGGUUCUACACCAAAACAUGACCGCAGCUCCCCAAGCCACAGUCGUUCCCCUGGGUGUACACCUAUGAAUCCAGACAGUGAGAGCGAGUCUGGUAGCAGUUCAGUUGCUGAAAAGUCACAUCAGAAUAGUCCUAGCUCUGAUGAUGACCAAACUAUGAGAUUACACCAACCAAUUCAAGACUACAUGAGCUCCAUAUCUAUUAGUCAGAGCGAAAAACACAAAAAGCAUAAAAAAGAGAAGAAGAAGCAGAAAGAUCGUGAAAGGGAUAAGGAGAGAGAUAAAGAAAAAGAAAAGAAGAAGUCAACAAUGUCUUGUGGGCCAUCACACACAGUGAAGACGGAUAAUUGGUCCAGAUCUCCUAUAUCUUCAGAAACAUCAGUGUCAUUGCUAAGCUCUGAGCGUUCCUCACGACCAAGUCCUGUAUACAUGCAUACAGAGGAUGAUGAUCUCAUGGACUCUGCCCUAACAGGCAAUUUAGAACCUUUCAAAUAAAUAGUAACCUAAUGGUGUAAUUUAACCAAAAAUCUAAAUUAUCAUUAACAAAUUUUUCAUUCAACCUAUGAGUUUUGUACUUCUGUUGUAUACAAAUGAAGAUGUUUUAAAAAUAGUGGUUACUGGGAAUGCUGCAGCUGACUUUUAAUGCUGUUAUAUUGCUUUUUUGCUGUUUCUCAACAAUUGUUACACACACAUGCACGCACAUACACACACACACACACACACGCACGCAUGCAUGCACACACACACACACACACACACACACACGCACACACACACACACAAGGGUUGAACAGUGAAACUGAAAACCCUGGUUUUAAACCACAAUGGUUCAAUGGUUCAACAGGUCCUGCACAGUGAGAUUUUGAGCCUUUAUUUUUUAUUUUUGCAGAAUAGUGGCAUGAUGCUGGUGGAGGAAAACCUUUCCUAACUCGCUCCUCCAAAACACCCCAAAGUGGUUCAAUAAUAUUUAGAUCUGGUGACUGCGCAGGCCAUGGGAGAUGUUCACUUUCACAUUCAUCAAACCACUCUGUCACCGGUCUUGCUGUGUAUUGGUGCAUUAUCAACAUGGCACUGCCUUCAAGAUACAGUGUUUGAACCUUUGGUUGCACAUGGUCCUCCAGAAUGGUUUGGUAAUCUUUGGCAGUGAUGCCCCCAUCUUGCACAACUAUUGGGCCUAGAAAAUGCCAUGACAUUUGAGCCCAAACCGUCACUGAUCUACCCCUAUGCUUCACUCUGGGUUUGCAACAGUCUGGGUGGUACGCUUCUUUAGGGCUUCACAGCGUAACUCCGGGGUGUGAGAAAGACAGGGAAGGUGGACUCAUCAGAGAACAAUACAUAUUUCACAUUGUACACAGCCCAAGAUUUUUGCUGCUGGCACCAUUGAAACCAACGUUUGGCUUUGGCACAAGUGACCAAAGAUUUGGCUAUAGGAGCCCGGCCAUGUAUAUUGACCUUGUGGAGCUCGCAACAAACAGUUUUGGAAGAAACAGGAGAGUUGAGGUGCACAAUUAAUUCUGCAGUGAGUUGGGCACCUGUAGUUUUAUGGGGGUUUUUUUAGAUACAAUCUGGGUUCGCACCCAGACAUGCCUUUCAUACAGCUUCAUCUUACAUCCACAGUUACUUCUGUAGGAUAUGGUUUAUCCUGUUGGUGAUAUGCUGACAUUACCCUGGAUACUGUGGCUCUUGAUACCUCAUAAAGACUUGCUAUCUUGGUCACAGAUACGCCAGUGAGAUGUGCCCCAAUUUGUCUUCUUAUAAACUCUGAUAUUUCACCCAUAAUAUUGUUCGCAUUAAUUGUAACAGUUUAAGCAAAACUGCUAUUACUACUUUCACACUCUGCUCUUACUGUUGGAAUGUGUAAUCAAUGAAGAUUGGCCACCAGGCUGGUCAAAUUGAGCCGUAAAACCUUUAAAACUAAAUUGGCCAGUUUUUCAGUUUCAUUGUCCAACCCUUGUAUGUGUACAGUUGUACAGUGUAAAAAAAAAAAAAAAAAACACCGUUAUUAGAAAUAGUGAGUUGCAAAUGAUUUACCUGUGAAUUUAGAAAUGUAACAGAACAACACUUCUGGUCUGUUGUUUUUCUGAAUAAUUGGCUAAUGGAUUAAAAGAUGUGUCUUGUAAAUACUUGGAGUAUGUUUACUUGGGUGGGUGUUACAUUGCUACAUUCACAUGUAAAUAAUGCACAUUGCAGACUUUACUAUUGCUAGUAAAGAAGUGUGUUUUGUUUUUAAUCUAAUUUUUAGAUUUAUUUAAUUUUUUCAAAUGAUAUAGUAAUAUUACCAAAAUGUCAUUUGUCAUCACCUGGAAUAUCAUUUAAAGAGUUAUUUAGCUUGCUUAACAUGAGAAUAUCUUAAACAAUUCUUUGAUUUUAGUCUUUUGAAUUUGAUUUUAGUAGCCAUGUUGUUAAACAUAAGGAAUCUUGAAAAAGUGUUUUUAAUUAUUAUACAGUUUGUUAUUGUUACUUUUUACACUUUUUCAGUACAUAAAAAUGUGUAACAAUAAUUGAUUUUAU